AUAGUGGUUAAAGUAUAUUACAAAAAUAAAAGCACAAAAUAUUAUGUAUAUCUGGCAGCAUUUAUCAUUGGCUCAAUCGGUUUCAGGCGGUAUUAACUUUGGGAUAAGAAUUUAGAUAUGAAUAAAUCGUAGUAAUUGAAAAUACUUUUGCAAUACUUGCAUUACUCAUGCGUUUAUGGGUAUUUUGAUGCCAACAAUUGAAAAGUUACAUACAGAUGCCAAGUAAAGUUUCUACAAAAAUGACGGAAAAGCACACAAAUAUUUGCGCUGCUUCUGAACUGGUCGAGAUCCAACUUCCUGCUGGAUUCGCAGCUAUGGAAACUCAAGUUGCUGGUCAUACGUUUGAUACAUCAUCUUUAGGUCUUUUACAAGACAGUGGUGGUUGCGUGCUUAAACCACUAGGCAAACCGGAAUGUGGAGAACGUGAGAAAAAUUUUUAUGAAAAUCUCCAAGAAGCUGAAAAAUCAAAUGACUCAAAUGUAUUGCAGCUGCUUAGUUCAUUUGUACCAAAAUACCAUAAAACAGUGACAUUAGCUGUUAAUAACCGUCAGCACACUUUCCUGAAAAUGGAAGAUCUCACAAAAGGUAUGCGAAAACCUUGUAUAAUGGAUAUUAAAGUGGGUAAACGAACUUGGGAUCCUAUGGCAUCAGAACAAAAACGUCGUGUAGAAGAACAAAAAUAUGUACGCUGCAAACAAGUUUUGGGGCUUUGUAUUCCGGGCUUCCAGGUGUAUACGCACAAAGAUCGUAAAGUACUUCGCUUUAGCAAAGAGUAUGGUAAAAAUUUGGACUCUGAUGGUUUCCACGAGACAAUAGAACUCUUCAUAAAUGCUCAAAAUGGAGUUUUCAGACCAUUGGUUUUUGAAAUAUUAAAACAGUUAUACAGAAUACGAGAAUGGUUUAAGAUGCAGACACUAUACAAUUUCUAUGCAAGUUCCUUAUUGAUUGUAUAUGACUAUGAACACCUCGAAAAAUUCCUACCACCAAAUGAUUCACACCAAGGUAAUGGUAUUUCACAAUUGACAAAUGGUGAUUUAGAGAAUAAUGGCAGCGUAAACCUAAAUGUACAGGAAAAAACUGAAUAUAAAUCAAGUGAUGCACAUUGGGUUAAAGUAAAAAUGAUAGAUUUCGCACAUGUUUUUCCCACAACAAACCAGUCUUUAGAUACCAAUUAUAUUUUCGGAUUAGAAAAUCUAAUCGUGGUAUUCGAAGAACUAAUGAACCGAUAACAAAUUUAGCACAAUAAGCAUUCUAAAAUAUUUGGCAUAAAGACUUCCAAGAAGACUAUUGUUAUUUAUACCCCUCAAAUACACAAAAUUAUAACCCUAGUAUGUAUAUAUACAUAUGUACGUACAAAUCUUUUCGAACAAGUAUAGGUAUAUUAAUAUAAUUCAAUAUUGUUAAUAAAAAGGAGAAAAGUAUUAAUGAAUAAAAUAAUAAAUUUCCUAAUUCAACGUUUUAGUAAAAAAAAAAGUUAAAGAGCGUAAAAAAAUUAAUUUAGGAUUCAAGUAGUGAAUUCGCAGAUUAUGUUUUUACACGUUGGAACUUUUCAUCUGAAUAGCUGAAUAUGAACUGAUAUUUGUAUCCUAAAACGAAAUCACUCUUCUCAAAAAUGACACAUACUAAUGAAAACGGAAAAUUUUAGUUGAAAUAAAAUUAUUUCUAUAUAUAA